AUGAAGUUUGUCUUAUUCGUCGCCAAAUGGCUCGGUCUUGUUGCGAUUGUCCGCUGGAUCUUCACGCUCGUCGAUGUUGUUGUGACAAGGUUGCUGAUCAGAUCAUCAAAGCUUCAAGACUAUCAUCGUGAAGGCGAAGCCUGCUGGGCAUUAGUCACCGGGUCCUCGGACGGCAUAGGCUACGGCUUCGCACAAGAACUCCUCUCCCGUGGCUUCAACGUUCUCUUGCACGGCCGAAAUGGAAUGAAACUUCUUUCAUGUUCCAAGGACCUACAGUCUCAAUAUCCUCACCGCCAGAUUCAAUAUGUCGUAUCAGACUCCUCCCGGUCGGAUGGCUCGUACCUUCUGGUAGCGCGAAGAGCUGAAAGCCUCCCUGGAAAGCUCACAGUCCUGAUCAACAACAUCGGCGGUCAAACCCUGACACCACAAUUUGCACCACACUGGAGCCUGCCGCACACCGAUAUCGAUGCGACGAUGAACAUGAAUAUGCGUUUCGCCGCUCAUCUGACCAAAGCUCUUUUCCCGCUACUUCGCCACAGUCACCUCGGUAUAAGUCUCAAUUGUGGCUCCACCGGCGGUCUUCUUGGAGUACCUUAUUUAGCAACCUACACAGCAUCCAAAGCCUUCGUUCACACAUUUACAGAGGCGCUGAAGACAGAAUUGCUGGCCGAGAAGGUGAAUAAUGUAGAAACCAUGGGCUUUGUGAUUGGCAAUACUGAUUCGAAUACUAACAAGGAAAAGAUUCCUUUCUUGACGGUGACCAGCAGAGAAUGCGCGAAAGCUUGUCUCGAUCGCAUUGGGUGUGGGAGGACGUUGGUGGUACCCCACUGGAAGCACAUGUUGCAGGUCUGGAUAGGUGAUUGUAUGCCCGAGGCGAUGAAGAGGAAGGUGAUGGGCGAUGAGAUGAGGGCGAGGAUGGAGAGGGAGAGGAAGAUAGGGUAG